AUGGACGCCAACACCGACAAUGAGUCUCAUGCCACAACGGAUAAGAGAGAUGCUCUCCAGGUCAUCGAGAAGAAAUACCAGAAGUUAUAUGUUAACGGCACGCCGCACUUUGGCCACGUCUUCACUGUGUCCAAGGUGGACUUCGCAGCUCGUGUUGCGAGAGCCCAAGGGAAGAACACCUUGUAUCCCCAGGGCUAUCAUGCAACUGGUAUGCCAAUAAAGGCCUGCGCCCACAAGCUCGUAAAUGAGAUCGCCAUGUUCGGAAGCACCUUCGACGGAUAUGUGGAAGCAAGCGUCGUGGACGACGGUCCAAGCGACCCGCCGGCGCAGCCACGUCCCAGAGAAGACGGCACCAAGUUUACAAACCUGAAGAAGGGUAACAAUGCCUCCCUAUUCUGGCAAAAGCACCCUACCGACUUCGGGUGCGGUAUUGACUGGCGCCGAAGCUUUAUUACAACCGACGCCAACGGAUACUACGACUCAUUCGUGCGCUGGCAGGACAAACGUCUCAACAUUUUUGUGGCAACCACUUGGACGUCUUGGCAAGAGAAGUAUGUUGAGCUGGUCCGGAACAUGUUUGAUGGUGUUACCCUAGAUGUGAAGAGCCUUUCCAAGAAGAUUGAAAAGGCGGAGAUGAAGAAGGCUAUGCCAUUCAUUCAAGACCUCAAGCAUAAACUAGAAACAGGAUCAUCCCAAGAAUCGGUCUUCGACAGAGCACUGUUUUUUGACGAACGCCAUGUAUUGGAAGAGAUGGUACUGUUGCUGAAGUCAACAGUGCCAAAGCUGAGAGAAGUCAAUAUCAUCGUUACUGGGGGUGGAGAUAACCGUUUGAAGGAUUCGCCCGCUGCUAGCAUGGCCGAGCCAGUGUUUGCUUCUCUCGAAUUCGUCAACCUGUAG